AUGGCUCCUAAUCUCCUAGACAUGCUUCCGGCGGAAAUGCUUACAAGGGUCGCCGAGCAGGCAGACAAGCAUGACCUCGCGGCAAUGAGGGCAUCAUAUCGAGCGAUGGCGGCCGCUACAUCCAAAAGCUUCGCCCAGGAAUUCUUCGUGCACCGCAAGCAUAUGUGGACCGCCUAUAGUCUUAAGACACUCGCGGAGAUCAGUAAUCACCAAACCUUUGCUAAACACAUCAAGUCCAUCGAGUUCCGCUUCGUCAGCCUAGACACGAAUCACCACAAGGAGCAUACUGGUCAGGUCUUCUGGGAGAGCUCAAUGAAAAUUUUAGACGGCGGCAGACGGCCGGUCAAGGUCGAGCAGUUUGAUGUCGUAAAGAACUUCCGCCGGCAGGAGGAGCUGCUCGAUGAUCUCGACAACGGCAAACGACCGCUCAUGCGCGCUUUUGCGAACCUCAAUAAGCUUGGGCACGCUGGUCGCUCCCUGACCUCUUUCUUCGGUUUCAGGGCCCUGGCAGCUGCGCUCGGUCCAAGGAUUGACUUUGAAGAUUUCCGGGAAAGUGGUUGCACCCAGCUGACCCAACGCCUGGUUGACACGGUUCUUUCCUCUGGACUGUCGAUCUCCGAGCUGACCGUAGGCUCUGUGGAACAUCGUGGCAUGACUGAUGGGUCCCACUUCGACGUCAGUCCGCAGACCCUUGAAGCGGUGCGCCAUGCUGUGCGAGAUCUCUCUUCGCUGACCUUGUACCUCGCGGAAGGGGUGGAUCUACCUGGAGACCGCGACGAGGGGAAGAAGUUUUUCGCACAGAUUCCGAGGCUCCAGACCCUGAGUCUGAUCUUCGACAGCCUGUUCGAGCGUACCUGCUAUAUGGUCCCAACGUGCUUCGCAGGAUCCAAGAACCUGCGGACGCUCAAAUUGACUGGUGCAAUCGAACCAGCUGAGCAGUGGAUCGGGAUGUUCGAAUGCCUCAAGCAGAGUCUUCGUAACGUUCGUCUUGUCAGGGCCAUGAUCAUGGAACCAGCUGGUGAUGCUGGCUGGCCCCAGAUCUUGCGGUGGAUGAUCGAGCAUCUCGACUUGGACACCCUCGAGCUGAUCGGCCUGCUCGUUGACCGUGAAGGUGACUACGAGCACUACUGCCGAGACACCGGAAAACUGAUUGCCAAGCUCCAAGGUAAGGACGAGAUACGCACCGAAGUCGAAAAGAUCUGCGCAUCGGCACGCUACAUUCUCAUCGAUGACAAUGAUGGCCUUGAGAUGGGACUCUAUACGUCCGAGAAAUCUGGAAUCGACGAUUCCAAGAAUUACAUGUUUGAGCUGGACUCCGAGGCAGACGGCGAAGAUGAGCCUGACAUGUUGGACGAGGACGCGUGA